CUGGGACGGUAGCUUAAGCGCUAGAGGCAGAAAAAACCCGUUGACACCGAUAACCGGGAGGGCGUACGCGUCGACUGUAGACGCCAGAAGACUAGUGAGGUUUUUGAGAACCAGCUAAACAAUACAUUAAAAAAACAAAAUACAUUUGUCCACAUUUGUGAACUGCCGGGGCAGAGGACAGGGCUCGGAACCAAGCUAGCCCGUGCUAGCUAAAAUAGAGACUAACUGAAGGUGUCAGUUAACGCUAACUUAACGUUAGUCCAUUAGCGAGAUUAACGGAGACGGUCCACGGGCACAGCGAACGUUUGACAAAACGGAACAAAAACUCCAAGCCACAAGGUUCCGUAGAAUUGCCUCUUCGGUCAAAGUUAACGUCCGACAACGUGACAUUUACUCAUUCAGCCGGGGGGACGCCGAGCAGCGACGAUGGACUUCGUCGCCGGAUGCAUCGGAGGUGCUGCUGGAGUGUUGGUUGGACACCCAUUCGACACAGUUAAGGUGAGGCUGCAGGUCCAGAGUAUCGAUAAGCCUCUGUAUCGCGGCACCUACCAUUGUUUCCAGUCCAUCAUUCGCCAGGAGUCGGUAUUUGGCUUGUACAAAGGCAUUGGCUCCCCAAUGAUGGGCCUCACAUUCAUCAAUGCCAUAGUGUUCGGUGUCCAGGGCAACGCCAUGCGGAUGCUGGCACAUGACACCCCCACCAACCAGUUUUUUGCCGGCGCUGCAGCGGGUGCCAUCCAGUGCGUCAUCUGCUGCCCCAUGGAACUGGCCAAAACCCGCAUGCAGUUGCAAGGCACCGGAGAGAAGAAGUCCUCUAGGAAGUUGUACAAGAAUUCCCUGGACUGCUUGGUGCGCAUCUACAACCGGGAGGGUCUGCGGGGGGUCAACCGCGGCAUGGUGACCACGUUCAUCCGCGAGACGCCCGGCUUCGGCGUGUACUUCCUGUCCUACGACGUGCUGACGCGCGGCCUCGGCUGCGAGCCCAACGACCGCUACAUGAUCCCCAAGCUGCUGUUCGCCGGGGGCAUGGCCGGCAUCGCCUCCUGGCUCUCCACCUACCCCGUGGACGUGAUCAAGUCGCGGCUGCAGGCGGACGGGGUGGGCGGCGUCCACCAGUACAGCGGCAUCGCCGACUGCGUGCGGCAGAGCGUCCGGCGAGAGGGCUACAUGGUGUUCACGCGCGGCCUCACCUCCACGCUGCUGCGAGCCUUCCCCGUGAACGCGGCCACCUUCGCCACCGUCACGCUCAUCCUCAUUUACGCCCGGGGCGUGGAGGAGGGACCCAAAGACUGCGAGUCCCGGCCCUCCAGCCUGUGACCCCCCGCCCCCCCGGGAAUACUCACACGGACCCUUUCAUUGCGCUCCGACUCGCUUCAGUCAUUCCCUGUUCUGAGAGAAAACGAUGUCAUGUCAAAGUGGAAAAAAACAAGAGGGUGGUUUUGAACCGUUGCUUUUAUCUGUUAAAACUGUCUUUGAUGAUGUCCAUGAUGCAGACCUAAACAUGUCAUUAAGGGAGGGGCUAGGUAGUGUGCACAGUGUGCAAACAAAGUUUGAUAUCUUUAUUAUAUCUGUUGACUUGUGCGUCUACGUAGUUGUGUUAGAUUAUUUUCUUUUGAAUGUAGAUUGGAAGCAUACUGCCUUUAUAUAUAUAUAUAUAUAUCAUAUGUACAUAAUAUAAAUUAUAGUAUGAAUACUUUUACUUUGUGUGAGGAAGCGGGAGCACUUGUCUGUACCGUCUCCUCCGAGGAGCCGAGAAAAGGAUGGAAUGUAACUUUUGCUUACGUUUGAAACUUAUGCAGCUAAAGUCUGAUCCUCACUGAAGCACCACUGUCCACACAGAUCUCCUGGUGGGGUUGCGGGUCGAACGUGAGGUGUGAAGCUUCGUGGUAGAUGGCGUCAUGUGGGCUUCUCCGUUAGGCGGGUUGGGUUUAACCAAACUGUGAACUAUUGACCUGGUGACUACGUUCCUCCACCAGUGGCCUGAUGUGUGUGUGUGUAUAUUUAUAUACUUGCAUGUCUAGGGUGUCCCCGGUUGACUUUGCUCUGUUUGUAUCAAACUUUCAUGUUAAUGUGUAACUGAGACCACUGUACAGGUUGUUCUUGUUGGGGUAAUUUAGAAUUAAAACAAUCCAACAAGAACCACAUUUUUACCCCCAAAGCACGCGAGCUCUUCCAUGACAGUAAUAACGUCUGCUUCAUCUUGUUAACUAUGUAAAAAAAAAAAGAAAAGGCCUUUUUAGAAAGCCCAUACAGAUAACUUUUGUUACUUAUUGAGCAGAAAGAAGUCCAUAUAAUAUCCCUGUGAAAUAUUUUGAAGGUACUGUGUCCUGAAACUUGAAAAACGUACAUGUGUGUACCCAUAUUUUAUUAGAUUUAAUAAUCUACUGAUGCUCUCUGCACUGUCAGAUUUUCUUUUUUUUAAUAUAUAUAUAUUUGAUGCCUGAAAGUUUGAUAUUUUGCUUUAAAGAAAUCUGAUCUGUCCCUCCUGCCUCUUUAAAAAAGCAGAUCAAACCACAAGAACGCUCUGACCGGCUGUUUGUUGAAUGUAACUCAGCUGUGUUUACCCGGGGGGGGGGGGGGGGGCAGGGGGGGCUUGUUAUGACCGUUAAAUACUGCUGAGAGGGUGGGAUCUAUGACGGCUGAUGUGAAAGAUGCAAUAUGUACAGGAUCUAGUCGUGUUGAUGUAAAUGUAUACAUAUACUGUAUAAUAUAUAUACAUAUAUAUAUAUUUUUCAGUCUCGUACCUAAAGUAGUCGUUUGGGUCCCUGAAUGUUUUGAAAGUCCAUUUGACCAGUUUAAUUCAGCUUUUAAACGCACACUGGGACGUGAUAUUUUUGUAACCUAGUCAUACAUUUAUUAUUAUAUAGUUAUUGGUCGAGGAUCUGUACAAAAGGCUCAAUAAAAACGGUUCAGCAGCGAGCUCCACUUGUACCGAUGAAUGCAGCAUUCCACUGAAUCUAUUGCUCUAAUAUGAAUACCAACGGGGUUUAUUAAAAAUGUGUGUGUGUGUGUGUGUGUGAAGCUUUACCCGCGUGAAAAGUCAUGAGCUCAUGUGUUUGUCAUUCACCAAUGAGGAGCUUAUGUGAUGCUUCCUGCAUGAGUUUACAUCCAAGUACUUUCACUCUCUCUUCCGUGUCCUUUAAUGUCCAACCGGGGCGUCCGGUGCUGCAGAGCUGAACCGAGCUAAAGGAACACCGAGAGACUUGGAGUCUCCUUUUCUUUCUUUUUUUCGAGAUUCAUGAGAACUCUUUUAAUCGGGAACACUGCAUACAAACAAAAUGUCCCGUUGAGUCAUUCACAUUCUGUUUGUGCUUUAGGAUCCACACACCGUGCUUAAUUCCAAGGAAUGAAGAUUGCAUCCUGCAAAUACAUCUGUGAACCCCUGGAUGUGCUUGAGAAGCUCCUAGAAGGUGGCGGAGAACAGUGGGAGCAAAUAAUAAGGCUCAGACGCUGCUGCAGCUGCGACCCGAGGGCCACCUGCUGCUGGGCCGCAGUAACUGCAGCACGUCGGAGAAACAAGGGCAAGGAGUGAAUGUGUCCAUGUUUUAACCAGUCACUUCAGCUCUAAUCUAUUGAGGUCAAAGGUGCCCUGGAGGCUGAUAUCCAAGAUGAAACAGGUAGGUUACCGAUCUUAGAAAAGACUCAACAAUUAAAAUAACCCUUAUUCACAACAUCGCACAUCUGCUAUUUGAAUCAUCUGCUCUCGGAAUAUAGUCCAUGUAUCUUCUGAGAACUGUUUUUUCUUUUAAUUCUCUCGCCCUUUAUUUGUUCAGUUAGAGAUCCACGUGGCAAAGGACAUGAGUGACGUUUUUUUUUGUGUGUGCUUGUCUUUGUUGGAUUGGACCGGUUCCGCAGUGCCGUGGUGCUGGUUCACAAGUAGAACGUGGACUCUCCACCAGGCCGCUUUUCCCUCUUAAUUGAGAGAACAUUUUCACUCUUCACUUCAAAUCAAUCCUUUCAUUUGCAAAUGAACCCAAGGACACUGGACAUCACAGCAUUCAGCGGUUUCCUGUGUAAAGAGGCCUCUAUUUAAAUGCAUUGUGUUUGUGUUGCCCUGUGUUUGAGUCUUCCUCCUCUUCUUCUUCUUCUUCUUCUUCUUCUUCCUGCGUGGCAAAAUGGUUCAAGGGAAAAAUCUGAUUCUCCUUGAAGGUUCUCCUUGUCCUCUUUAGUGCGUCCCAGUUUUCCUAAAAGAACUUCAGAUUUUGAUGGUUCCAGAUUCUCUGAAUCUUUGGAUGACAUUAUGCAAUGUCGAUGAUGUUGACUUCAAACCCUUUGCAAUUUUUCCUGUGAGAAACUCCUUUCUGAUGUUGCUCCACUAUUUCUCGCCGCAGCACUGGGGGAAUUGGUGAUCCUCUGACCAGCUUCACCUCUGAGGGACACUGCCACUCUUGAGAGGCUCUUUUUUUUUAUACCCAAGCAUGUUGCCAAUUGCCCUAAUAAGUUGCAAAUUGGUCCUCCAGCUGUUCCUUAUAUGUAACAUUUAACUUUUCCCGGGGCCUCCUAUUGCUCCCUGCCCCAACUUUUAUGGAUUGUGUAGCUCUGCUGAAAUCCAAAAUGAGCCCAUAUUUGGCCUGACAUGUCUCACAUUCAGCAUCUGAUAUGU